UUAUAGAUUAUCUGAGUUGGCUUCAACUGUUCAACCGGCAAUAUGUUGCUUCAACAGCUUUGUCGAGGUGAAUGCAUGAGUAUACUAUCGGUUUAUGGUAUCAUGCUAGUGUUGUUAUCAGGUGGCGUAUGGGGUUCGGACAUCGACAAAAAGAUAUGUAGUGUGUCAUGCCAGACGAUUACCGGCCCGGAUGGAUCCAAGAUAAGCCUCCUUCCCAAACUCAUUCCCAAACCUUCGGGCCAUCUACCCGGCCAUCUACCUGUUAACAUGGCUAGUGUGAAUGGUUUUGAUAAUCAUAUCGUCUGCAGGUUAGCAGAUUGUGACAGGAAACCAUGUAUCAAAGGAAGAUGUGACGAAACAGUUGACGGAUAUAGGUGUGUUUGCCAAUACGGCUUCACAGGAAAAAACUGCGAAACUGCAAUGAAAGCUCGUAUCUAUGUGACAAGCUCAGGGACUCCGAGAAAAAUAUUUGUUGCAGAUUCCCAAGAUGGCUUGAAUUUCACUUCCAUCCCAUUGACUGGGGAACCAAGCGAUGUUGCGUAUGAUUCCGUAGAGAAGAAGAUAUACUGGACUGAUGAUCAGGAACGUAAAGUCUAUCGUGCAGAUGAAGAUGGCGGAAAUAGAGAGGAGGUGCCCUUUCAACCUCUUUAUAAAUUAAACCACAAACCUCUGUUAAUCGCGAUCUCGGAAUCAUUGCGCAUUCUGUACAUUGCGUAUAACUGGGUUAUAACAUCAGUGAACAUUGGACAAGGAUCUGAUUCCCUAAGGAAAGAGGUGGCGUUCACUAGUAGGGGAUACACCAUUUCCAGUUUGAUUGUUGAUGACGAACAGGGGUACCUAUACUGGGCCAGAGUGUUUGCCAUCUAUCGUAAGCCUCUUGACAGCUCUGCGGGCACUAUUAAGAAAAUGUUCCUUAACAAUCAUCUUAAACGGAUGAAGUUAUGCAUCGAUUUCAGCCGAAAUCCACGACGCCUAUUCAUCUUUGACGUCCUCAGACAGACAACUUUAUUCAAAGAUAUCACCGACAUCGGCAUCAGAUGGGGGAACCUUCGGUAUGCUAAGUCCCUGCAUGGGGAUACUGUGUCUCCAUGGGGCCUGACAGCUGAUGACGUGAGUAGCCGCAAUGAGACCGACAGUCUGACUGAUAUUGCGAUCGUAAAUGACACCCUCUAUUGGACGAAAAGCGCCAACCCCCCUGCGAUCGUCGUUAUGCCGGCCAACAUGGAUCAGAGCAAUCGGUCAUUAUCAAUCAGAGAAACGAAUGAAAUUCAGAAUCCCAAUCAACUGUCCAUUGUGUAUGUGGAUCCAUGAUCGAUACUGGAUAUAGUUAUUUUCCCAGGUAGUUAACAUUAAGACAUUUUCUGCCAGGAAAAAAACAAGACCGGGUGGGUGUUUCAUAAAGCUGUUCGUAAGUUAAGAGCGACUUUAAGAACGACUGGUGAUCCUUUCUUACGCGCUAAAGCAUUGCCAAUGAAAGUACCAUUUACCAAAAGAAAGGUUCACCAGCCGUUCUUAAAGUUGCUCUUAACUUACGAACAGCUUUAUGAAACACCCCCAGGUAUGUUUUGAGCAUUCGAUUGCUAUUGAAAUGCCUACAUCUUUUCUCUCUAUAUCUCUAUCUGAUUUCCUUACACACAUCUCGAAAAGUUCUGGUAUUGAAUGUCUGAGUAAAUUCUUCGCGAACUUAAUAUAAAUAAUUGAAUGUAAUUAAUAAAAAUAAAUUUUAAUCAAUAAAAGAAAUGAAAUUUUGAAUAUUGUUCUCCUAUACAUCGAAACAUUAUUUACCUUUUGUGUUACUUACCGUAUGUCAUUAUUAACAGCAUUUUUGUUUUGGGUUGACAAUUUUGCUUUGAUGAGAUUUUAAAUGAUUUUUUUUAAUACUUGCGUAUGUUUUUCAUCUAUCAACAAGCUCGAACAGUUUACUCCUCUCUUUCUCCUCUUUCUUUCUUCCAUUUUAUUCUCCCCCUCUAUCUCUCUUUCUCAUAUUCCUUUCCUCCCUAUAUACAGCUGUGCAUAUUAAUCCAUUAUAAUUUUCUCAAUAAAAAAACUUAUCUGAGUGUUGUGCGUACUUUUUGCACAUGGGAAGAAACACUACCUUUAGUGAAAUGGAAGUUUUCACUUUCAAACGCAACAUGUGAUUGGAAAUAAAUGUAACUAACUGGCAUUGUAUUCUUUAAGUUGCACAUAAGUAAAGUUGAACACAAGUAUAAACUUGUGUGUAUAUAGAAAAUUUACUGAAAAUGUAUAUAUCUCAUUAAGGCACAUAAUGUGUGAGUAUAUUUUUUGGUUGAAUGUCUCAGCAUUGUGUAAGUGUAUAGGCCUAUAAAAACCUUUUGAGGCUGAAAUAAGAGCUAGGAAAGAUACCCUUCUUUUCAAUAUUUGUCAUUAGAAGCCUUCAUAUAGUUUUAUUAUUAAAUUUUCCAUGAUUUGUGAGUAGUAAUUUUUUGUAAAUAUUUUUUCUUCUAUUAGAAAUUUAGAAGUCAAGUAGUCAUCCAUAAAUAACUCCAAGACUGUGUAUAGCUUAAUCGAAUUGCACUAUUCGUUAAUGAAACGUUUCAAUACGUUUUUAAACAUAAUUUUGAAAACAAUAAAAACGGGGGAUGAUUUUUUAAUAACAAAUGUUUUUUACCUGUAUCUGUAGAAGAAUGUAAAAGACGAAUUCUUAACUAGGCAAAGGAUAUGCUGUAUAAUGCUGAUAAUAACCUAUGAAAUCUCGCCUUCUAAAUGUUCAAGAAGAAGGUACAUUCGAUGAACAUGAUGAAGUAUCCGACAAGUCGAAUUAGGACUAAUUUUCUUUUCGGUCGCAUAACGAAAUCGGAAACGUAUGGACCUUCUUUUUCAUUCUUUUAAAUAGUGUAAUAAGAUUUUUUUUUCAUCUGGUUUGACUUUUGUUAAUGUAUAAGUAAUAUUCGCCCGGAUUACGUUUCUUAAUAUUUUAAAUUUGAAAAUCGGCUUCUCAAUACAGCUUCUCCCCAUUUUUUAUUUUAUUAUAUUCCGAUUUCUUUCAAAGAGUGCAAUAAAAUAUCAA